AUGGAGAAGCGGCAGGAGGAGCGGACGCUGAGCUCGCUGAGGGACCUGCGGCUGGAGGGGGAGCGGCAGGAGGAGACCAAGGACAAGCACGGCCGGGGCAUGCGCAAGAACCUGGCCAUCAAGGUGCAGGCCGAGGACCUGACCAUCUACGAGCGGUUCAAGAAAGUGGAGAAGAAGAACAACAAGGACAACGUGUCCUUCAUCAUUAAGUGCCUGAGCAAGCACCUGGUCUUCUGGUCCCUGAUGGACGACAUCCACACCAUCGAGUACCUCAUCCACCACCUCUUCUACUGCGAGGUCCCUGCCGGCGAAAACAUCAUCCAGCAGGGCGACAACGCCUCUUCCUUCUUCAUCCUCCAUAAGGGCCGCAUCGAGGUCCUCGUCAACGGCGUGCUCAAGAAGACCAUCAACUCCGGCGAGGGCUUCGGGGAGCUGGCCCUGCUGUACAACGCGAGCCGGAGCGCGACCUGCCGGGCGGCCGAGCCCUGCGAGCUGUGGGGCAUCGACCGGCCCACCUUCCGGCGGGUCCUGGAAGAGAUAAACACGCGGCUGUACACCGAGAACCGCAAGUUCAUCAACGACGUCAAGUUUUUCGCGGAGCUGUCUGCCAAGGACAAGGACGACAUCGCGAACAUCCUCAACCGCGAGCGCUACAAGAAGGGCGACACCAUCGUCACCGAGGGCGAGCCCGCCUCCUCCCUCUACAUCAUCAAGUCCGGCGAGGUCCGCGUCAUGAACAAGCACAUCGAGGUGACCCGCCUCCGCGAAGGUGAGUACUUCGGCGAGAACGGGCUCAUGGCCGACGACCAGACCCGCAGCAUGACGAUCGUCGCAGAGAAGGAGACUGUCCUCCUCAGCGUCGGCCGGGACAGCUUCAACAAGGUGCUCGGCAGCAACCUCCACGUCAUCGUCUUCCGCAGCAAGAUCCGCGGUAUCCUCUCGCGCUCGGUUUUCUUCAGCAAGCUGAGCAAGCUGCACCACGAGAAGCUGAUCGACGAGCUGGAGGUCAAGCGCAUCGAGUCCGGGGAGGCUAUCUGCACGCCCGGCAUGCCCUGCCGCAGCAAGAUCUUCUUCGUGCUGGACGGGGAGGUCACCCUCGACGGUAAAAAGGUCGACCACCGCAACGUCUUCUUCGGCGAGGAGUGUCUGGACCCCGCCAAGGCGGAAAGCGCCUAUCCGUUCACCGUAACGGCCGUCAAGCGCAGCUCGUACGCGGCGAUCGACUUCGAGGCGCUGAACAAGGCGGUGGGAGGCAGCUUCCAGGAGGCGGUGCAGCGGGUGAUGAAGGCGGGCGAGCACAGCCAGAACUACUCGCACGAGCUGGCCCGCAAGCGCCAGCAGAUGGCCGAGCUGCCGCUGACCGACUUCGUGGCCCUGAAGAAGCUGGGGUACGGGCAGUUCGGGUCGGUGUACCUGGUGGCGAGCAAGACUCGGAAGGAGGUGUUCGCGCUGAAGUGCAUUUCAAAGGCGCAGAUCGUGGAGAGCAAGCUGGAGAAGCACCUGGCCAACGAGAAGCACGUGCUGUCGCUGGUGGGCCACCCCCUCAUGCUCGAGUACAUCCGCUCCUACAAGGACGAGUUCCACAUCUACUUCCUCAUGGAGUACAUCCGCGGCAUGGAGCUGUUCGACGUCAUCCGCGAGAUCGGGCUGCUCCAGGCCUCAGAGGCGCAGUUCUACGUGGCCUCCAUGAUCCUGUGCAUCGAGUACCUGCACGGCCAGCAGAUCAUCUACCGCGACCUCAAGCCCGAAAACGCCAUGGUCGACCAGCGCGGCUCUUUCCGACUGAUCGACAUGGGCACCUGCAAGAUAAUGCGGCCGGCGCCCUACAACAAGACCUACACGAUAAUCGGCACGCCGCACUACAUGGCGCCCGAGGUGCUGGCGGCGAAGGGGUACUCGCUGGCAGUGGACCUGUGGUCGAUCGGGGUGUGCCUGUACGAGUUCAUCGGGGGCUACCUGCCCUUCGGGGACGACGCCCAGGACCCCUACGAGAUCUACGAGGAGAUCAUCAAGAACACCAUCUCCUACCCCAAGUACGUCAACGACAAGAAGGCCAAGCUGCUCAUCGAGCAGCUGCUCUCCAAGGUGCCCGAGGCCCGUCUCGGCGGCUCCUUCCCCGCCCUCAAGGCCCACUCCUGGUUCGCCAGCUUCGACUGGUGCCGUGCUCACCAGGACUACCUGCUUUCGGGCAAGCUGAAGCCGCCCUUCGUGGCCAGCGAGAGCAAGAUGCUCAACGUGGAGGCGAUGCUGGCGGGGGCGAGCGGGGCGCGCUCCAUCCUGGAGGAGAUCCGCGCGGAGAGCGCGCUCAAGAAGCCGGGCUUCAGAAAGGACCUGGACCCUGCCUGGGACAAGGAUUAUUGA